AUGGCCUCUGUCACAGUCGCAAACAGAUCCGGUAUUGCCCAUGCGAGGGAGGCUUUCAGCAGCCGGAAUGUCGCAGCAGUUCUUCCCUUUGUCAACGGAGGUGCUUCAGGUAUGGUCGCGUUUGCCAUAAUCCAGCCCGUUGAUAUGAUCAAGGUCCGCAUGCAGCUUGUUGCUAAAUGUCCACCAACCAAUAUUAAACCAACAUCGUUUACGUUGGUCAAGGAUCUCGCCUCUCGGAGAGAACUGCUUGAAUUAUACUCUGGUCUCUCUGCUGGGCUCCUCCGGCAAGCUGUAUAUGCCACGGCACGCCUCGGGAUAUUCGACACUUUUAUGAAAGUCUUGCAGGAACGAGCAGAUGAACGCCACACUACUGUUACAUUCUUCCAAAGGGCCGGUGCAGGACUAGCCUCUGGGGCUAUUGCUGCCUUUUUGGCCAAUCCCGCGGACCUGGCGCUGGUAACGAUGCAGUCGGAUGGUAUGAGACCUAUGGCUCAGCGACAAAAUUACAAGUCGGUCUUUGAUGCAUUAGGCUCGAUAGUACGCUCGGAUGGCAUUACCUCGCUGUGGGCAGGGUGCACGCCUACCAUUGCACGAGCCAUGGCGCUGAAUCUCGGGCAACUGGCUUUAUUCUCAGAUACCAAAGCCCGGUUGAAAGAGCACACAUCGUGGUCCAUUCAAACACAGACAGUGACAGCUAGCGCUCUGGCCUGCCUCUUUGCUUCGACCAUUGCCCUCCCGUUCGACCUCGUCAAAACGAGACUACAGAGACGUGCAAGAACGGCGAAAGGAGCUCUUGUGUACCGAUCAAUGACAGAUUGCUUUGGAAAGAUAGCAAAGGAGGAGGGGCUUACACGCUUCUACCGUGGAUUCGGAAUAUUUUAUCUUCGCACCGGUCCACAUGCGAUGUUGACGCUAAUAUUGGCUGAUUACUUCGGGUGGCUCACUGGAGCCAAACAAACAUAA